AUGUCUUUAGAUACCCUUAGAAACGAGAUCCUUUCAAACUCUGACGAGGAUCGAGUUCAAGUCAAUCAAAGAGAUUUAAUUGAUAAGAUUUUAGCUCGAUACUCUUGUAAAUUUGUAAUAUUCCGAGAAUUAAUGCAAAAUUCUGAUGAUGCGGAAUCAUCAAGUGCUAAAAUUAUGUUUAAAACCAAUGGCAAUAAAAUUACAAGAAUAAUAUUUAAAAAUAAUGGAUUCGCUUUUAGACCUGAAGAUUGGGAGCGUUUAGUGAGAAUUGCUGAAGGAAAUCCUGAUGAACAAAAAAUAGGAGCUUUUGGCGUAGGAUUUUAUUCAUUGUUUGCUGUUACAGAAAAUCCAUUUGUUACUUCUGGCGGACAAGGCAUGGCUUUCUAUUGGCGUGGAAAACAAAUAUACACGAAACGAGGACCAAGGAACGAUGAUGAUGACAAAGGUUGGACAACAUUUUUGAUGGACACUAGGGAACCCUUAAUGAUACCAAAUAUUGAAGAACUCUCAAAGUUCUUGGUCAAUUCAUUGGGGUUUACGGAUAACCUUAAAGAAAUAUCAAUGUAUAUCGAUGAUAAACUGGUAACAAAAGUAUCAAAGAAAAUGCAAGAUCCGGAAUCAAUUGAUAUUACAUCUAGGUUUAAUACAUUUUCUUCAAAAAAUAUGUUUAAUCUCACAUCGGUAGAACUUAGAUGUGUCCAACUAGACGUUGAAAGAUUACUUCUACCAAAAAAAAUAAAUAUAAAACAUCUUCGCUCAGAUGAGUAUAAUAUGGAGGAAGCUUCUGCAAUAUUUAGAAUUGCCAAAGGAAGUUUGAACGUUAAGAUUAGUAAAGAAUUUUCCGCAAAAAUGGGACGAAUAACUAAGAAAAGUCCACCAAAUAAUACAUCCAUUCAAAUGAUUUUUACUGAAUUCGAUGAACGUAAUACAUCCAAAGAUUAUUAUAAUAAUCUUUCUCCUAUAUUUGAAGAUUUAAUUUCAUAUCCUGAACAAGGAAAAAUAUAUAUUGGUUUCCCAACUAAUCAAACAACCGGUUCUAGUUCUCACUUAGCAGCUCGUGUGAUUCCUACUAUGGAACGAGAGUUGAUUGAUUUUGCUGAACAAACAUUAGCUGAAUAUAACAUUGAAAUGUUAUGUCUAGGAGGAACAUUGAGCAGAAUUUUAUACGAAUAUGAAAUGGCUCAAAUGUCGAUCUUCUGUAAUGAGACUAUCAGUUCUGAUAUUGAAAAAUAUGAAGAAUAUGAAGAAACAAAACAGCCUAAAAAGCGUGCACCUGAGCCAAAAACGAAAAGAUCGUUAUAUAAAUGGCUUACAAAACGUUUCAAAUUCAGUAAUCAUGCUAAUUACACUUCUACCUUGCAAUUAACAUCUUCUCACCGUCAAUUGUUUGAAAAAUGGGCAGCACAUGCGAUAGCACACUUUACAUACAAUGCAAGUACUCCAAAUGUACGAGUUUCCGAAAUAGCAGAAAAACAAUUUUUUAAUUGUUUGGAACAGAACUUGCUUAUUUUAUCAACAAACGGUGUCCAUCCAAUAACUGAUGUUCGCUUACCUAAUCCAGAAAUGGCAGGAUUCAUAAAGACAGUUCCACUUGUUCCAAAAAAAUUGUUGGAACAAUGUGAAAGUUUUUUUAAUAAAGCCAAAGGUGCAAAUCUUAUAACAGAGUUAAGUUUUGAGGAUGUUCUGGUUGAACUAAAAAGUCGAGCACUUUCUGAAGAAGAAAUAAUUAAACUUUUGAAAUGGUGGAUUUCUUAUCUAUCAAAUGGAAAUCCAUAUGACACGCGGCUUUUGAAAUUUACACAAAUCGGUGAUAGUUCUCAAACUCUAAAUACAAUUAAAUUUUAUUUGAAUCCACACAAAAUUUCCUCAGAUUUUGACAUUCCAUUUGAAGUAAUACCAUAUAAUAUUUCUAAAAAUUUCACUCAGCAAGAGCUUACGAAUAGUUUGAAAUGGAAAGAAUUACCAUUGGUUAAUUGGGCAAACUUUAUUGUCAAUGAUCCUGGAUUAGAAACAGAACCUAAAUUUGCUGAAAAAAUUCAUCAUGUUUUGGCAAAAAAUUUAGAAAGUAUUCCACAACAAGAUAAAGAAACUAUUCGUCUAUCAUUUAUUGCAAAAAGAUGUAUACCAACUAAAUUUGGAAUGAAAUUUCCCAAUAAAUCUUAUUUCGAAGAUGUAAAUCUAUUUCCUAACUUGCCAACGAUAAAAUUUCAAAACUCAACGUCGGGUAUUAAAUAUUUGAUGGAACAUUUUGGAGUUCGUAAGGUUGUAGAAUUAAAACUCAUUCUUGAACGACUUGUCAAUCAAGAAGAUUGUAACUUUGUUGGAGUUGUAAAAUAUCUUGCUUCAAUAUAUGAUGAACUCAACGAUAAUGAAAAGAAUAUAUUAAAAAAUGAAUCAAUAUGGCCUAAAGAAGAUUUAUUAGGUUUACCAACAACUAAAAAAAUUCAACGUUUUAUUGCCAGAGAUUUAUAUGUACCUAUAAGAUCACUUCGUGAACUUGGUUUAUCUAUAAUUGAUUGGAAUGCAGAAUGGUCUAAUAGCUCAAAAGGAGGAAAAUUUUUAAUUGAAUUGGGUUUACAAGAAUAUCCCAAACUCGAAACAAUUCUUAACCUGGCGGUACCUUCAAAUGAUCCUAAAAUUCGAGAAUUAGCUCUUAAAUAUUUUAUUGAUAAUUAUGAUAAAUAUUCUGUACAUUACAAACCCGAUGAAAUUAAUAUUGCAUUUUUACCUUGUUCAAAAUCCAAUACUUACGCAAAACCUUCAGAGUGUUUUACUAAUGAUAGAUGUAUGAUAAUGAAUUUCAAAGUUGUACGUGAAGAUUUACGUUCUAAAGCAGAAAAAUUUGGUAUUCAACAACAUCCCAAUCAUGAUAAACUCGUAAAGAGGUUAACUGAGAAUCCACCACAAGGUGAAAAUAACGCAAUGAAAGUUUUUGAAUAUUUGUAUUCACGACAACACGACUUUACCAAUGCUGAUUGGAAUAUUCUUAACAAUUCCGAAUUUAUUCCAAUAAAAAAUGAGAACAUACAUAUAAAACCACGUGAUUGUUUCUUUAAACUUAAGGAUGAAAAAUUGAAUGAUUUUUUUCUCUGUGUUGAUUUUGGAACAAAGGCCAAUGAAUUUCUGUCCAAAUGUGGUGUUAAAAAGCAAACUUCUAAUGAUUUUGCCGAAAUAAAAGUUGAUCCAUCACAUAAAUUAUGGAAGUUAUAUGUAGAAAAAUAUCCAGUCAUCCUAGAAAACAUUAAUCCAAACCUUGAAAAAAUUCUCAACUUGGCAGCUCCUCCUACCGAUCUUAAAUUACGUACAAUGGCUCUUAAAUAUUUUAUUGACAACUUUGAUAGAAAAUACGUUGGAGUUUACAAUCCAGGGAUGGUCAAUAUUGCAUUUUUACCUUGCUCAAAUUCCAAUGCUUAUGCAAGGCCUUUGGAUUGCUUUAUUAAUGAUGAAUGUAUGAUAAUGAAUUUCCAAAUUAUACGUAAAGAUUUACGUUCUAAAGCAGAAAAAUUUGGUAUCCAACAAAAUCCUGAUUAUACAAAACUCACAGAAAAGUUAAUUAAGAACCCACCACAAAAUAAAAAUGAGGCAAAAAAAGUUUUUGAAUAUUUGAAUAAAUUUAAUCAUAAUUGGAAUACACUUAUAAAUUCUCAAUUUAUUCCAAUUCAAGAUGAAAAUAGUCCAAACAACAAAUAUAUCAAACCAAAUGACUGUUUCUUUAAACUUAAAGAUGAUAGCUUGAAUGAAUUCUUUCUCUGUGUUGAUUUUGGUACAAAGGCCAAUAGAUUCUUAGCUAAAUGUGGCGUUAGAGAACCAUCAUCAUAUGAUUUUGCCGAAUUAUCAGUUGAUCCAUCACAUAAAUUGUGGAAUUUAUAUGUGGAAAAAUAUCAGGUCAUCCUAGAAAAAAUUAAUCCAAAUCUCGAAAACAUUCUGGAACUGGCAGCCCCUCCCAUUAAUCCUAAAUUACGUGCAAUGGCUCUUAAAUAUUUUAUUGACAACUUUAAAAAAAAAUACGCUAGAUAUUAUAAACCAGAAGUAAUCAAUAUUACAUUUUUACCUUGCUCAAAUUCUGAUACUUGUGCAAAGCCUUCGGAUUGCUUUAUUAAUGAUGAAUGUAAGAUAAUGGGAUUCAAAAUUAUACGUGAAGAUUUACGUUCUAAAGCAGUGGAUUUUGGUAUUCAUCAAAAUCCUAAUAGUGCAAAACUUAUAGCGAGGUUAACUGAGAAUCCACCAAAAAGUGAUGAUGUGGCAAAAAAAGUUUUUGAAUAUUUGAAUACACAACAAAAAGAUUUUGUUAAUUCUGAUUGGAAGAAGCUUGAAAAUUUUAAAUUUAUUCCGAUUCAAUAUGAAAGUCAACCUAACAAACUUUUUAAUCCACGUGAAUGCUUCUUUAAACUCAAAGAAGAAAGCUUAAAUAAUUUCUUUCCAUGUGUUGAUCUUGGUACAAAGGCCAAUGAAUUUUUGGCUAAAUGUGGCGUUGGAGAACCAUCAUCAUAUGAUUUUGCCGAAAUAUCGGUUGAUCCAUCACAUGAAUUGUGGAAGUUAUAUGUAGAAAAUUACCCAGUCAUCCUAGAAAAAAUUAAUCCAAAUCUCGAAAAAAUUCUCAAACUGGCAACUCCUCCUACCAAUCCUAAAUUACAUGCAAUGGCUCUUAAAUAUUUUGUUGACAACUUUGAUAAAAAAUAUGUUAAAGAUUAUAAACCAGAAAAUAUUGAUAUUGCAUUUUUACCUUGCUCAAAUUCUAAUUCUUAUGCAAAGCAUUCAGAAUGUUUUAUUAAUGAUGAAUGCAAGAUAAUGGGAUUCAAUAUUAUACGUCAAGAUUUACGUUCUAAGGCAGGAGAUUUUAGUGUUUGUCAAAAUCCUAAUCGUGUAAAAUUCAUAAAUAAGUUAAUUGAGAAUCCUCCAAAAAAUGUAAAUGUGGCAAAAAAAGUUUUUGAAUAUUUGAAUACACAACAAAAGGGUUUUAUUGAUUCUGAUUGGAAGAUGCUUAAAGAUUUAGAAUUUAUUCCAAUUCAACAACACAAAUUUAUUCCAAUUCAACAAUACAAACUUAUUAAACCACGUGACUGUUUCCUUAAACUCAAAGAAGAAAGCUUGAAUAGUUUCUUUACAUGUGUAGAUUUUGGUAUAAAGGCCAAUGAAUUUUUGGCUAAAUGUGGCGUUAGAGAACCAUCUUCAUAUGAUUUUGACAAAAUAUCAGUUGGUCCAACACAUAAAUUGUGGAAUUUAUAUGUAGAAAAAUAUCCGAUCAUACUAGAAAAAAUUAAUCCAAAUCUCGAAAAAAUUCUCAACCUGGCAUCUCCUCCUACCAAUUCUAAAUUUCGUGUAACGGCAAUUAAAUAUUUUAUUGACAACUUUGAUAAAAAAUAUGCUAAAGUUUAUAAACCAGAACAAAUCAAUAUUGCAUUUAUACCUUGCUCAAAUUUCGAUGCUUGUACAAAGCCCUCGGAUUGCUUUACUAAUUAUAGAUGCAUGAUAAUGAAUUUUAAAAUUAUACAUGAAGAUUUACGUUCUAAAGCGGGAAAACUUGGUGUUCGUCAAAAUCCUAAUCGUGUAAAACUCAUAAAUAGAUUAGUUGAGAGCCCACCAAGUAAUGCGAAUGUGGCAAAAGAAGUUUUUGAUUAUUUGAAUACACAACAAGAAAGUUUUACUGAUUCCGAUUGGAAGAAGCUUGAAAAUGUCAAAUUUAUUCCGAUUCAAUCUGCUAACAAACUUGUUAGACCACGUGACUGUUUUCUCAAACUCAAAGAGGGAAGUUUGGAUAAUUUCUUUCUAUGGGUUGAUUUUGGUACAAAGGCCAAUGAAUUUUUAGCCAAAUGUGGCGUUAGAAAGCCAUCUCCGUAUGAUUUUUCCAAAAUAACAGUUGAUCCAUCACAUAAAUUGUGGAAUUUAUAUUUAGAAAAUUAUUUGAAAAUUUUAACAAAAAUUAAUCCCAACCUUGAAACAAUUCUUAACCUGGCAGCAAAUCCAAUUUAUCCUAAAAUCCGGGAGUUAUCUUUCAAAUAUUUUGUUGAUAAUUUUUAUAGUAAAUAUUCAAAAUUUUAUGACCCAGAAGAAAUUGAUGUUGCAUUUUUACCUUGCUCAAAUUCUAAUUCUUAUGCAAAACAUUCGGAAUGUUUUAUUAAUGAUAAAUGCAAGUCAAUUGGAUUCAAAAUUAUACGUGAAGAUUUACGUUCUAAAGCAAGAGAUUUUGGUGUUCGUCAAAAUCCCAAUCGUGUAGAACUCAUAAAUGGGUUAACUGAGAACCCACCAAAAAAUGCAAAUAUGGCAAAAGAAGUUUUUGAAUAUUUGAAUACACAGCAAGAAGGUUUUACUGAUUCUGAUUGGAAGAAGCUUAAAGAUUUUGAAUUUAUUCCAAUUCAACCUAACAAACUCGUUAAAUCACGUGACUGUUUUCUUAAACUCAAAGAAGAAAGUUUGAAUAAUUUCUUUCCAUGUGUUGAUUUUGGUACAAAGGCCAAUGAAUUUUUAGCCAAAUGUGGUGUUAAAAAACCAUCCUCGUAUGAUUUUUCCAAAAUAUCAAUUGAUUCAUCACAUAAAUUAUGGAGUUUAUAUUUAGAAAAUUAUUUGAAGAUUUUAACAAAAAUUAAUCCCAACCUCAAAACAAUUCUCAACCUGGCAGCAAAAUCAAAUUAUCCUAAAAUUCGGGAGUUAGCUUUCAAAUAUUUUGUUGAUAAUUUUUAUAGUAAAUAUUCAAAGUUUUAUAAACCAGAAGAAAUUGAUGUUGCAUUUUUACCUUGCUCAAAUUCUAUUUCUUAUGCAAAACAUUCGGAAUGCUUUAUUAAUGACAAAUGUAAGUCAAUUGGAUUCAAAAUUAUACGUGAAGAUUUACGUUCUAAAGCAGGAGAUUUUGGUGUUCGUCAAAAUCCUAAUCGUGAAGAACUCAUAAAUGGGUUAACUGAGAACCCACCAAAAAAUAAAAAUAAGGCCAAAGAAGUUUUUGAGUAUUUGAAUACACAACAAGAAGGUUUUACUGAUUCUGAUUGGAAAAAGCUUAAAGAUUUCGAAUUUAUUCCAAUUCAUAAAAAAAAUAUUGAUGUCGACCUUAUCAAACCACGUGACUGUUACCUUAAAUUUAAAGAUAAAAGGCAAGAAGUUGAUAAUAAGUUUCCAGAAAAAAAUUUAAACAAAGAUGAUGUUCUAAUUGCUAUUAAAACUGAUAGUGAAGGAAAUAACAGUUAUUGUUUAGCAACAGUAAAAGAAAUUUACAUAAAUGAUGAUAAAGUAUAUCAUAAAAAUCUUAAUCCAUUUACACCACCUGACAACUUGCGAGAUUUUUAUAAGAAACUUGGAUGUAGUUCGUUGCAUGAAUCUGUGACAAAAUCCGUGGUUCCAUAUGGUCCUAUUCGAAAAACUAAGUAUUCACGACAAUUACAAAGAAUAAUUAGAGAACGAGCGAGCUUACUCUACUUAAAUAAUUCUGAAGAACACAUUAGAAAAGAUGAAAAAUGGCUUCAAAAGCUAAAAGUUAGAGAGAUCGAAUAUAUGGAAACGAGUUAUAAGUUAGGAUCCAUUACAAAGAACGAAAGAAAUGAUAUGACUACCAAUAUUUCUCAAAAAAGCACGAUUUCAUGGAUUCUUUAUGUGACACCUAAUUCUAAUCUAAUUGAUAUUUCACAACAAUUAGUCAAUCAUAUUUUCACAUCACAUUAUCAGAAUAUUCCUUAUUUUAACACGAUUUUAACAGCACCUUUAUCAAACUUAAAAAAUAUGGGAAUAAUUCAUCCAAAAUUACAAAACGAUCAACCACCACAAAGUACAUCAAAUACAUUUUCAUCAAAACUUAAUGAAUAUAUUUCUUCUGAGAAUACACGAGAUUUACGAAACUUUUUACAAGUUACCAUAAAAUCUCGCUAUUCUAAUUCAGAAAGUAAUAUUAAUAGUAUUAAAACUUGUAUCGAUGAAAAUAAAAUUAAUUACUGUGAAACUAUGCCUGGUUAUUCAAUGCACUGUGUUGGAAAUUUACAAAAGAUUGAACUUUACGUCUCUACUGACGUCGAUCAAUCAGAAAUCUUGUCUCAAUCACGUAUUGCCCCAUUGAGCCAAUUCAUAUAUAUGUUAAAAGAUUUAGCGGAUGUUUUUAAAGUUACACCAAAAGCUAUUCACAUAUUUUAUGAUAAUAGCGUAAACUCAAUUGCAUUUAAUCGUGAUGGAGCGUUAUUUUUUAAUUUAAAAUUUUAUCUUGAAUUACACGAACAAAAAUGUAAUACUAAACCAACGAUUGACGCUAUGACUUUUUGGUUCACGAUAUAUUGUCAUGUAUUGGCACAUAACUUUAUUCAACUUCAUAAUUCCGAAUUUGAAUUUUAUUAUUCGUCAUUCGCACAAACUUAUAUGCCGGACUUCAUUGAAUUAACGAAAAAACUAGGUGAUGUCGCAAGAAAAACCGUUAUUACUAUUAAAAAUCAUUCAAAACAAAUUCAUGAUAAACAUAGUGUAUACUUUUACUCUGGUACAUCUGAUUGGGGGAUUCCCGGUCCGGUCUCAAAUUGUGAAGGUUUGGUUUGGGGUACUCGUAAGACAGCUGGACCUGUAUCUACAGGAACUGUAGGAGUUUUUGUGUAUCAUAUCAAAGAUCAAAAUCAAUCUUUAGCCUUUAUGUGGAGCAUCCCAUUUGACUACAAUAUUUAUAGUAAUUGGUGGUCCAUUAUAGUUUAUGAUGGUUUUAUUGAGGCUAAUGAUGAUUUAUAUAGAGGGAUGUACUACUGCUCACCCAAUAAAGGAGACAGUAGUGGAGACAGUCAAACAUAUCAAGGAAACUUGAAUUUUGAUGAGCAAGUUAACGUAAAAUUAAAUGUAGGAGAUGUUGUAGAUGUAUUAGAAGAUAUUACACCACUUGGAAAUAUAUCUCAAGAUGCUACUGAUAUGGUUACAAGAGUAUCUUAUGCACGAAUUAAAGCAAUAAUUUUACAUCAAAAAGGGUUUCGUUCACAUUAG